UGGCGAAAUGUUGUCCUCAGCCUCUGCAAGGGUCCCAAUGAGGGCGGCAGCUCGUUUCGUCGCUGGACAACGACGACCAGCUGUUGCUGCGGUCCAAGCUGUUCGCAGAACUGUUCCUGCGACCACCAGGGGCGUUCAGUCUGCUGCUCAGACAGACAGGGACACCAUUACCCGACUCCUUUACUCCAUUGGUACCAAACGCGAAGUCGAGCGACACUUGCGAAUCUUCUCUUCCUCUUCACACCCGUCGCAACCAGCCAAGUUUGCUGUCCUCAAGGUCGGCGGUGCCGUUCUAGAUGACCUCGACGAAUUGGCUUUGAGCUUGAGCUUCUUGUACCGUGUUGGACUCUACCCCGUCGUUCUUCAUGGCGCAGGACCUCAACUCAACGACAUCAUGGAACGGGAAGGUGUCGUUCCCGACUACAUUGACGGUAUUCGGGUCACCAACGCCAAGACCCUGCAAGUCGCUCGCCGUGUUUUCCUCGAGCAGAACCUCAAGUUGGUCGCGGCUCUCGAAAAGCUCGGCACCCGCGCUCGCCCCAUCACCUCUGGCGUCUUCAGCGCCGACUACCUCGACCGAGAGAAGUAUGGCCUCGUCGGAAAGAUCACCAAGGUCGAUAAGCGCCCCAUCGAAGCCUCCAUCCGCGCCGGCGCACUUCCCAUCCUCACCAGUCUUGCGGAGACCCCUGAAGGUCAAAUCCUCAACGUCAAUGCCGAUAUUGCUGCUGGUGAAUUGGCGAAGGAACUCGAGCCCAUGAAGAUUGUCUUCUUGAACGACAAGGGUGGUCUCUUCCACGGUGUGACGGGCGAGAAGUUGGACGUUAUCAACCUUGACGAGGAAUACGACCAACUCAUGAAGGAACCUUGGGUCAAAUACGGCACCAAGCUCAAACUGCGCGAGUUCAAGGAGCUCUUGGACCACCUCCCACGCUCCUCCUCGGUCGCCGUCAUUAGCGCAUCCUCUCUCCAGAAGGAGUUGUUCACCGAUUCCGGCGCUGGAACUCUCAUUCGUCGAGGCUACAAGCUCUUCAAGCACUCUUCCAUCGAGGAGAUUGGCGCCGACCGCUUCCGUCAAGUUGUCCACGACCGCGACCCCGACGUCCUCUCCGGAUUCAGCUCCGUCACCGAGGUGCUCAGCUCGCUUAAGAAGACUCCUUACACCAUCUACGGUGAUGAGCCCCUCGACGUUGUCGCGGUUGUCUCUCACCCCGAGGGCGAGAUCCCCGUUCUCACCAAGCUCCUCACGACCCGCCAGGGUGUCUUGAACAACGUGAUCGACAACGUUUUCGACAAGAUCAAGAAGGACCACAAGAAGUUGUUCUGGACUGCUCGAGUCGAUGACGAGAACAGGGCUUGGCACUGGGAGCGUGCAGAGGGCAGCUUUACCAGGAAUGGCAAGAGCCUGUUCUGGUACGGCUUGAGGGAUGUCGAUGAAGUCGAGGAUGCUGUCGAGUUGUUCGAUAAGCGAGGAAGGAUCGAGAGGGCGUACCUCCCUGUCGGACCUGCUGCCUACAAGCACGACCCCAAACCCACCCCUGCUGCAGCAGCUGCCCCUGCCGGCGCUCGCGCUUACUCCACCCUCGCUCGCAAGGCUUUCGGCACCACCCCUGGAUCGAAGAGGGGCUACGCUACCGCUGCUCCCAGCCAACCCAAGGCCAAGAAGCUCGCCUUGAUUGGAGCACGAGGAUACACCGGACAAGCUUUGGUAUCGUUGUUGAACAACCACCCCCACAUCGAGCUCACCCAUGUGUCGUCGAGGGCCUUGAAGGGAUACGAUUUGGAGGGGUACAAGAGCAAAGGAUUGGUGGAUCAGGCCAGUCUGGGUAAAGAAGUGAUCUACUCUGACCUCUCCGAGGCUGAUAUCGAGAGGAUGGAGCGCAACGGCGAGGUUGAUGCUUGGAUUCUUGCUUUGCCCAACGGUGUUGGUGCUCGUUUCGUCCAGGCCAUCGACAAGGGUGCCAAGGACCGCGUGGUUAAGGAGGGGGAGAAGAAGGGGGUUAUCGUCGACUUGAGUGCCGACUAUAGGUUCGAAACCCCUGGAGCCAGUGAAUGGGUUUACGGGCUUCCUGAAUUGUACCAGCGCGCCCCUGUCCAGCAGGCUACCCGUGUCUCCAACCCCGGAUGCUACGCCACCUCUGCCCAGCUCAUGAUUGCUCCUCUCUUGGAGUUCAUCAAACCCGGCACCAUCCCGACCCUCUUUGGCUUGUCUGGCUACAGCGGUGCGGGCACCAACAUGGUCGAAGGCAAGGACGGCGGUCGUCCGCAGAGCGUUCCCAAGCGGACUCCCGAGAGCUUGGGCGGUGGUGUCCUCAGCUACUCGCUCACGGACCACAUCCACGAGCGCGAAGUGGGCUUCCACCUCUCCCGCCUCCUUCCCUCGGAAACCACCACCUCUCCCACCGGCGUCCCUCUGAACCAGAAACUCAAGGUCGGCUUCGUGCCCACCGUCGCCCCAUGGUUCUCGGGUAUCCUCAUGACCGCUUCCAUCCCCCUCUCCAAGCGCUUCUCCGCUCGUGAUGUUCAACAGCUGUACGCUGACAAGUACAAGGGCGAGAAGUUGGUGAAUGUGUUCUCGCUGAACGAGAAGGAGAACAAGGAGCUGGGCAGGUCGGGUGUUGUCCCGAUGCUUCAGGAUGUGGAGGGCAAGCAGGGGUGGAGUGUGGGUGGAUGGGGAAUUCAUAGUGAGGGUGAACGCGUGGUUUUGGUUGGUGGAUUGGAUAAUCUCUUGAAGGGUGCUGCUACCCAAUGCCUGCAGAACUUGAACCUCGCUCUCGGCUUUGACGAGUACACUGGUAUUCCCCUCGAUUAAGGGGUGCAUUUGCAAGAUCUAAUAAAAGGAGGAACCCAUAUAGAAAAGUCACCUAGAUUCGAUUAAUAGACUUUAACUAUCUACAUAACCUUUGCUUCCAUCUGUAUCCCGUGUUUCUCUCUUUGUUCUCGUUUCGAUACCAUAAA